AUGAAGAGUAACAGUGGUAUUGCCAUGGACGAACAGAAUGGUCCCUCCAAGAAGGCCACCACCACUCGGAGUUUUCAUCACGACGAUCCACCCCGAUUGCCCGCUAUAGCCACGACGGCAAUAAUCACCAAAGACGAAGAAAAGACUGGGACGAUUGUAGAAGUUCCCCUGACUAGCUACGCAUCCACGGGAAGUCACAACAACAGCAGCAGCUUUCUGGACGUUCCAUCGACCGCCUCGUCGGUGCAAUUCUCCUUGGCCAAUACAACCACGGAUUCUGCCUCGGGAAUUCUUAGCACUGGAAGCAGCAGUAACCGAUCCGUCUUUACGUUUCGCAGUGGCAUCGGCAAACGCUCUCUCGAUUUGAGAAAGCUCCCAAUCGACACGAGUUUGUUCCUCACAAGUCGCAUCAGUGGCAGCAAGAGCAACAAGUCAUCGUCCGACAACAGCUCGAGUAGCAACAAACCAAAGGAUGACAAGGCCGCGAUCGGCGACAACCAGCAGAGCAGUAGUCAGAACCAGAAUAAUAGCAGCAGCACGGAUCCAGAAGAUCAACAACAACCUCCACAAGUCAUGGACCACAGCGACGACACACAACACGACGACGAUGACUAUGAUGAUGAACACGCCAACAAAAGCAAAAGCAAAAGCAAGGAUCGUCCCAGAAAAAGACGGCGGCGGAAACCAGACGACAACAACAAAAAAUCGACUAGUACUCUCAAAGCAGCACCCACACAAGAAUCCAUGGCACGAUGGUGCCUGCGAUCGACCUGCUUACGAUCCAGUUUGUCACUGCAAUCUCAAAUGCUACUCUCCUUUGGAGUAGUCUCAUCACUCACCAUUGGAAUUGUCAUGGUCAUUUGCAUUGUCGUCAGCAUUGUGUCGGGCAACAAAGUUCACGAACUCACCAAGGACUCCCUCCACGAAUUCUCCCAUGAAAUGGAAGGCAAAAUGGUCCGCUAUGUCGCCGAAGCGCUCAAUUCGCAGCUGUCGCCCGAUGACAUUGUUCACAUCCUCCACGACGCCACGGUCGAUCGAUUUGUGGGAUAUCCCAAUCAUCCGGGAUACGAAAAUGAUACUCUGACGCCGUUUCGAGAUGUCUACACCCGUAACAACAUUUACCCCGUCAAGGGACCUCCCGCUCUCAUGGAUUGGGAAUUGCAACCUUAUACCGUCACCGAAGAAAACUUUACCGAGCACGUGCAACACAAACGACGAUUCAAUCUCUACCGAGCCUACAAAUACUUUACCACGGCGGCUGCUGCCUACAACUUUCCAGGGAGCUGCAAUCCGGAGGCAUCAAUGGGAGAUUACGACUGGUAUCGCGAUUGUACUCCCGCCAACAACAAUGUGACCACGGGGGGCGUCGUGCAUCCGGUAGCCACCAGUCAACACAUUUACGAGCGAGCAUCGGAUCUGACACCACUCUUGAAAGCCAUUUACGAAACCACACCCAAUCUACGAGACCUCGGUAUUUGUUUUGCCAAUGACGGAGCCGGAUCCUGCAUCCAAUUUCCCGGCGUCUCCAUCAAUGGUACACUGUCCUAUAUCAGUGACGGAUGCGAUUGGAUGAAAUCACCCAAUCCCUAUCAACCAGACCGACCCAUUGGGACGCCGGAAAUGAUUGCCAAAUGUCAUGCCAGGGGACAGAUUGUCUACAAUCGAGAAUACAAUCCAAUGGAACGACCGUGGUGUUCCCAACAGGCCCUCGAACCAGAUACAGUCCAUUUGGUCGGACCCUUUCCCGAUGCUUGGAAUGAACAGGCACAAAUCGUUUUGCUUGGCCAGGCCAUUUACGAUCCACUUACAUUGGAAUUUGUAGCUUGCUCGUUCUUCGAUGUUACCAUCACGUAUGUCCAAGACACGCUCCUCAAGAGCAGAGUAACACCCAAUUCGCAUGUCACCAUUACGCGAUUUGAUGACCAAGGGACUGUGACGGCAUCGUCGGCAUGGAAUCCAACACCUGAGCAUCAUCGUCCUUCUCACGACGAAGAAGCGGACCCGGAGUUUCUGAAUGACUUUUUGUCCUUGUCCAAUUCCCAAGAAGAAGAAGAAGGCAAGAGCAAUCACAAGUACGGAAAACAAAAGAACCUGCAGUUUGACGGACCACCGGCAAUUCAUCAAUUGGAAAUCGGUGUGGACCAAGAUGGCUAUCGAGACUUUUACGAAAUGAUUGACUACAGCCAAGUGUGGGAUCCAAAGGAGGUUCGAGAAACCUACGCCAACCUCAUUCGGCAUGAUUCCGGUUACUUGGUGGCGGCCUAUCCGCUACCACCUGUACCCGAAGAGUACAAUCCACUCUAUCGACCACACUUCGUAGUCAUAAUGUCCGUGUCCACGGAAGAUGUGUUUAAACCCGUGGUUCGAUUGCAAGACUACGUGGAUGAUCAAGUCGCAAAGCUGGUGUACUUUUCACUCGUUGCGGCUCUGGUGGGAUGGGGGCUCAUGCUCGUGGUGAUCUUCGUCGUCUCACAAACAUUGACAAUGCCGCUCAAGAGUAUGAAUCAAUCCACCAGAGCCAUUGUCCAGAACUUUGCAGGCAACUCGGAACGGGGGAUUGCCUAUAACGCACAACAGUACUACUACCAUCCCAUGCUGACGCGAUGUACGCCGGAAACAGAAAUAUCGCACGUGGUAACUCAAUACGAAAAGAUGGUGCAGAAAUUUUCCGGUUCCAGCAAAAUGGCCAAGGCCGUGCAAGAGCGAUUCACAGAGCUGGCCAAUCAUUUUAGUUUUGAACAUGAAUUUGCAGAACUGUACCAAAGCCGACAAGAUGGCAGUUUUGCAUAUGGCUUCGAUGAGGUGGUGCUGCCGACAGGAAACAGUAGCAGCAGCAUCAUCACCACAUCGACCACAAACUCCAGCUCCACUGCUUGCAAGAAGCGAUCAAACGACCGCCACAGGAAAAGGAAUGGGGCACAUUUGAUCCAUUUUGGGCCCAUAGUGACGGGCUCGCAAGCGCAUUUGAAUCCGCGCAAGAAAAAGAAGAAGGGCAACCUUACGGAUGUCAAUGCAACUCUUGUUGUCAAGAGGGGUCAUCUGACGUCGCCACUAUUUGUUUGGAUAGUGGUUUUCAUCGUUACACCAUUGCUCAUCACAACUAUCACCAUGUCAGCUAUUGUCACCUACAAUGUUUCGGGUGAAUUGACCGAAGUCAUUGAUAGUGGCAAAAUGGAGUAUGUGAAUAUGGAGAAGUUCAGUCUUAGUGCUGCUGUCACGCUACGGGCUAGCUGGAUUGCACACACGACGGAGAAAUCGACGAGUGACUUACACGUUCUUUCACGCUAUGCCAGCUGGCUGUUAUUUGAUGGCUUGGAACGGAGAGACUCGUUCACGGAGCUGGCGACUGGGGCUGAGGAAUGCAAGGUAGGGAAGGGAUCCGAAUGUCCCUAUUUGAGGGAAGUCCCUUGUGAGUGCGAACGAGAUCCAAGAUCGGGCACAUGUCUUGGCGGAUUCGAUACUUUUGAAAACUACGCCUUCCGAUACCAGCAAGAACCCUUCUUUGUUUGCGAGUCGACUGAUACGGCAGAAAACGGCGACCGCAAUUCAUCUCUGAGCUUUCCCGAUCUAUCCAAUUCACCAAGAACGACUGCUUGGUGGGACGACGUGACCACGGUCCCUGGAAAUGAAAAGGGGUCGUUAGCAGGAGGUUACGACACCACAUACGAUCGACUGCGUGUCCUUUCGGCUAUUCCGGUCUUUCAAACAUUAUACAACCAAAACAGCAUACAGAGGUCGGUUUUACAGAGCGCUGUUGCAAUGGAGGCUGAUGGCAUGGUCGUCGGAUUUCACGGAUGUGCCAUCAAUUUUGCUGCGAUGCCUGCAUUCUGGCAAUCCACCUACGAUAACCAUGCCCAUGAUCUGCGCCCCAAUUUGUGCCCAAUUGGAAAGUUCGGCUUUGACCCAAGAUGCCGUGAAUGGUAUGAUACCGGCAAAAAACUUGCCGAAAGCAAAGAAGCCGAGCUCUUUGUCGCUGCUCCAUACACAUUCGAAGUCGGCAACUUCGUUGGUCAAACUUGCACAAAACCUCUGAUUGAUCCACGAACAGGAGAACACGUUGGCCAAUCGUUUGUCGACUACAGGUCAGAUCCCAUUUUCGAUAUCCUUGACCCGAAAAGUACAAUUUUGGGUGAUGGCGGCUAUCCCAUGCUGAUUGCAGUCCGGGAAGAUCUCGACGGGGCCAACACCUUGGUUGGCCCUGGCGUAGAGGCACAGGAUGGCACGCUAGAUGAUAUUGAAGAUCUUGUUCUCAAGAAUGACCUGGGCUGUUCCGAACCCGAAUGUGAACGUCAUCGAGAGGAAUUCAGAGCAGUAUUGAAUGCGAUGGAAUCUGGCAAGACUGGCACCGGCUCAUACUCGGUUCGAAUGGACGAUGGUGCAGAGGAAACAAUGUUUAUCGCAUACGCCCCAGUCAAGCUGAAGAGCUACUCCCCCGUCAACAGCUCUGACUUUAGUCGUGGCGUGUCGGAGUCACAUUACACUAUAUACUACUUGGGGCUUACCGAAACGGAGACAGCCUUGGUCUCCGCAUUUGACCAAGUUGAGGACGACAUCAACUUGACAAUUGAUAUUGGUAUCUUGGUUCUUUGUAUCACGAUUUUCUUGGCGACUUUCGCAGUGAUCUACAUUUCAUAUUGGGUGGCCAUUUCCAUUGCUCAGCCGAUGCUGUACCUUCUGGGAUUGAUCCGGCAAAUCAAUGACGUCAACGAUGAUGAACUGUUGGUAGAGUUUGAUGUGGCUGCAGGUUCGCUGGAGGUCAAAAGUGUAGCAAGCGCCAUGAGAACCCUCCAUAAGAUUGUCAAGUGCGCCAAUUCUGCCUAUUUCGCAGGAGAUAUCGAUAAGGCUUAUGCCGUCUUGACGGAUGCGGCAAGACUCUUCAAGCGCUUGGGGAACAAGAAGGCUAUGGGUGUGGCUUACAACAAUCUCGGGAAUACCAUGUUGGCUAUGUACAGGACAGCGAAGGGGACUGGUGCUGGACUCUACUGUGGUUUGACACACACUGAAAUCGUGCUGAAGGGAAUGUCAUACUUUCACGAAUCAAUCCAACUGGGCGAAAAGGCAUACGACGAAUUCUACGAAGCAGAGGGGUGGUCCCCAAGCUGUCUGGACUUUAUGCAGCACUUGGCCAACCGGUAUUUCAACCGUGCUAUGUUCCUGCUCACCGUGAAAGAUGACCAUGAGAACCCAAAAGAGCUGGAGGGCUUGGGAAUGAGAGACUUGCAAAUUGCACGAGAUAUGGAUGUGGAAAUCAUUGAUCAGGGUACAGAGGUUGGCUGGAAGGUGAACACUGUUGAGAAGCUCUACAAUGUUGCAUUGAACAGAGCCCGGGGGCACCUCCUACUGUUGGAGAUGGGUUUUCCCGAUGACUGGGACUUGGAGGAGCUACUAGAGGAAUUGUUCCAGUCGUUGAAGAAGGAGAUCAAGUUGAAACUGCACACAUCAGGGCUCUUUCACGAGCUGAGUCCGGCUGGGCGUAUGCAGCAGGUAGAAACAGAGCUGAUGAGGUACAAGGUGUUGAAGGGCGAUUUGGCUACAGCUUCCAAAAUUGCCAUUCGCAUGCUCAUGGAGGACGAAUUCAUCUUGCCUGAGGCUCAGGUCAAGGCAGUGCAAGUACUGUUGUCGACCACUGAGGACGAUAUUUCUAAUGUUCACUUGAAUCGGCGGCUGGCACUCUACGAAUCGUGGCUGCAGCGAGCCAAAGGCGGCUGUGAUAGAGCCACGGCAUCGCACGACGGCGAAGACGGGGACGACAUUUCUGAAGUGGUAAUGAUGUCAGUCGCAAAGCUGAGCAUGAGUUUGUCACAAAUCGAAACCGAUGUGGCGGCCACAUCUGAAGAGUUCCGCCAGGCCAAGAAAUCCUCCCUCCUCGCGACGACACGAGGAGAUGUCACAAUGGAAUCCUUCAGGUGA